GCAGGCGGGCGGAGCGAGCCGGCGCAGCGCCUCCCGGACCCGGCGGCCGCGCACCAUGGCCCGGCUGCUCCUGCCGCUGCUCCGCCGGGCGCCCGCCGCCUUCGCCGGCCGGAGCGGGACGCGGCGCUGCAGCCUGGGCGCCUGCGCCUCCUAUCGCCUUCGGGACGGCGUGCAUCCUCUCUGGCAAAGCCCGAUCACCAUCCCAGGAGGCAGUCGGCAGUCUCCGAUCAAUAUCCAGUGGAGAGACAGCAUUUAUGACCCUCACCUUAAACCCUUGGAAAUACGCUACGAUCCCGACACCUGCCUCCACGUGUGGAACAACGGGUACUCCUUCCUGGUUGAGUUUGAGGAUGCCGCGGAUAAAUCAAUCAUAACUGGUGGUCCCUUGGAGAACAACUAUCGGCUGAAGCAGUUCCAUUUUCAUUGGGGAGCCGUCAACGAAUGGGGCUCGGAGCACACCGUGGACUGCAAGGUGUUCCCAGCUGAGCUGCAUUUGGUUCACUGGAAUUCUUGCAAAUUUGGAAGUUUCGAAGAAGCUCUAAUGGAGGAAAACGGCCUGGCUGUGAUUGGAGUCUUUUUGAAGCUUGGAACCAAUCACGGUGGCCUGCAGAAGUUAGUAGAUGCCUUACCGUCAAUUAAAUACAAGGAUUCUCUGGUUGAACUUGAGGAGUUUGACCCUUCCUGCUUGUUGCCCUCAUGCCCAGAUUAUUGGACUUACUCAGGAUCUCUGACCACCCCACCCCUUUCAGAGUCAGUCACCUGGAUCAUCAAGAAGAAAGCAAUUGAGAUUGAUGAAGAUCAGCUCGAGGUCUUUCGGAUGCUGCUCUUUACUCCAGCUGGAGAGGACGAGAAGAGGAUGGUGGACAACUUCCGUCCACUGCAGCCCAUCAUGGAUCGAACAGUCCGUUCAUCCUUUCCUAAACGUUUCUGGCUGGACAUGGAAAAGCAAUCGGAGGACCAGAUGUUUGGGGCCCGUGAGCAAGGGCCCCUUCAGGGCACUCUGCAUCUUUAAGGGGCCAAAUGUUAUGUGCGCUUGAAAAGUAAUUUAGCCUAAAGCAGGCUGCCAGGUCUGUUGCUUCAAGGGGGCUGAGAGAUUUCUGGUCCUUCGCUCUUCCGAAAGACUGCUCUUUCCUGUAGUGUGAGAACCGCUUGGACUUAAGUCUUCUCCCGGUAACAACCCAAAGCACCAGUUAGGAUCCCAGCCCUCUCCUACUAUCAAGGUGUUUCUCCAUUGGCAGAUGCUGCAUGGCAGGAGCUGAACAGGGGGGUGAGGCCUCCCAGAGGACCUCUAAGGAACCAGGCAAUCUGCAAAGCGGGACUGUUCGCUGAGAGGGGAAAUUUAUACAAUUUACACAAGGUAUUCGUUUUGGGUUGCCAGCUAGUUUGCCCCAGGUUCCAGGAGUAUAACAACCUCGAUUUCAAGCUGUUCUGGGGUUUAUCCUAUCAAUGCAUUUGAGGACCAUCCUGUGGCAGAAACCUUUUCCAGAUGAUCUAAACCUGCGUGCCUCUGAACCCCAGCUCUAACUUCAUAGCAGGUCCUCCCCGCCACCUGCCCCUAGCCGUUUGCCUGUCUCUUCCGCAUACAGGAGGCGCGUGGUUGUGGCCAUUUGGGAUCUGGGAAACAAGAUGAAAACUUUUCUGCAUAAACCAGCAGAUUGGAAUGGAUUUCAGGCUGUGGCCCAGCCAUGUGCACUUGGAAGGAAAUUCAGUGACAUAGGCCAGGCAAAACUUACAAGGAAAUUUGCAUAGGAUGCAUUUCUUAUCCUAACUAUGCCUACUUACUGAUGCAUAAAAUCUGCCAGAUCUAAAUAUGCAUAUUUUUUUCACUCCGUAGCACUUUAAUAGCUUUUUAAAAAAAAAACAGUAGAGCCUGCACAGUGCCUGACCAUGUGGAAGAUAACCAGCCCACUGUAGCUGUUUGUUAAAUCUUCUGCUGAGAUCGGUGAAAGCACAGUCUGUGCCAUAACGGAUUAGGGGCAUUCAAAGCUGAGGUCUUGGUCAGCCACAUAGGAGGACUUGUAUGUUACAACUCUGGCUUGUAUGCAUUGAAGCAGAAACAAAUCCACAGGAUUUUAAAAAGUAGUCUUAGUGCAAGGAUUUCCAUAUUUUUUUUUCAAGCUGCAGAACCUGUUCAUUUAAAAAAGCAUUCCCAUUCAAGAGGCAAAGCUCUAGUGAUAGAAAAGCGGUUGAGUUUGAGUGAACUUUUCUUUUCCACUUGGUUUCCCACAGAACUCCAUCAAGUUCAAAAACAGUUUGAAAAACUCUGGUCUGGAGAACCAUGAAGUUUCCAAGAAGGGAUCAGCUAGGAACCUUUUUCUGCCUGCAUCAUUUUGGGUCGCAAUUUUCAUUUCCACCGAAGUAACGCGUACAUUUAGGUUGCUCUUGAAAAGGGUUGCCACCUAAAAUGAUCAGUUUUACCUUCUUCUUUUUUUCUUUUUCCCUAGGGAGACACUCAGGCAUUCAAGAUCAGAAUGAGAAAAACACACAAACUCUUUCAUAUCCAGCCUGACAUUCUUUCAGGCCAAAUAUGGACAGAGUGUGGCAAAAUUAGAAUACGGCUGAUGUCAUCAUAGAUAUACCAAAACUAAUAAAUUUUAAGGGAUUUUAGAGCAGCCUUACUCGGCCUUGUUGGCUGAGGAUGAUGGGCACCAUGUCCCCCGCCUCAGGAGGUUGGUCCUCUGCUCAAUUUGGCCUGUAAAAUGAUGCAUUUUGUCCCUUAGGAAAAAAAGAUCACUUUUCGAUUCUUUUGUGUUGAUGGGACACACAGUCAAGAGGUGUUGGUAGGGAGACUUCUGCCUCCAGAGUGUCUUUGUGAUUGAUCUUUAGCUGGUACUGAUUUAUUUCCCUGAAAGUUCUUGGCCUGUUUGCUUUUCAUAUCAGAUUUCUAUAUAUCCUAAGUGCUUUUUCCUUACAUGUAAAAGAAUCGGAAUAGGCAGGCUGAGAGAUCACUGAGUCCAUUCAAAGUUUACAGAAACGGCGCAGAAAGGAAGCUUAAGCUGUUACACAUCAAUACGAUAACAGGUUGGUGCAUCUAUUAAACAUUAUACAUAUUUAU